AUGGCCGACGUCGAAACGAAGCCCUCGCAUCUCGGCGAGCGCUCGCCCAACGAAAUAGCGAAACCCCGUCGCCACGAAGACCGCAAAGCGAACCAUCGCGACAACGGCGACAACGGCGACAAGUACAGGCCCGGUCGCUACCGCCGCUCCCCCCGUCAGCGCACACCACCGAAGAUGCCUACCGAGGAGGAGAAACAGGCUGCUGCGAAGGCCGAAUACCAGAAGCUGCUGACGAUGCGAUCGGGAGGUACCUACAUUCCGCCAGCGCGUCUACGCGCCCUGCAGGCCCAGAUCACCGACAAGACGAGCAAGGAGUACCAGCGCAUGGCGUGGGAGGCCCUCAAGAAGUCCAUAAAUGGUCUCAUCAACAAGGUCAAUGUCUCCAAUAUCAAGCACAUCGUCCCGGAGCUGUUCAACGAGAACCUCGUCAGAGGGCGAGGCCUGUUCUGCCGGAGUAUCAUGAAGGCGCAGGCUGCCAGUUUACCCUUCACACCUGUACUUGCGGCCAUGGCCGCCAUCGUCAACACCAAGCUGCCGCAGGUGGGCGAGCUGCUGGUCAAGCGCUUGAUCAUGCAGUUCCGGAAAGGCUUCAAGCGGAACGACAAGGCCGUUUGCUUGUCCUCCACGACGUUCAUUGCGCACCUGGUGAAUCAGCAGGUCGUCCACGAAAUGUUGGCCGCACAAAUACUGCUACUGCUCUUGCACAAGCCGACAGACGACAGUGUGGAAAUUGCCGUGGGCCUGACCAAGGAGGUUGGGCAGCAUAUGGAGGAGAUGAGCUCGACAAUCGCUAUGGCCGUAUUUGAUCAGUUCAGAAACAUCCUUCACGAGGCCGAUAUCGACAAGAGGACGCAAUAUAUGGUCGAGGUUCUCUUCCAGAUCCGCAAAGACAAGUUCAAGGACAACCCGGCAAUCAAGGAAGAGCUGGACUUGAUCGAAGAAGAGGAUCAAAUCACGCAUAAUGUCGAGUUGAACGUUGCCCUUGACGUCCAGGACGGACUCAACAUCUUCAAAUUCGACGAGGAAUGGGAGGAGAACGAAGCAGCAUACAAGAGACUCAAGGCCGAGAUCCUCGGCGAAGGAAGCGAUUCCGACGAUGACGACGACGAAGAUGACGAGAGCUCAGAAGAAGAGGACGCGGAGCAGAAAUCCAUGGAGGUCAAGGACCAGUCUAAUACAGACUUGGUGAAUCUCCGCAAGACGAUAUACCUUACCAUCAUGAACUCCUUGGAGCCCGAAGCAGCCGUUCACAAACUUAUGAAGAUCAACUUGCCAGCAGGUCAAGAGCCAGAGUUACCUUCAAUGAUCGUGGAAUGUUGCUCACAGGAAAAGACCUACACCAAAUUCUUUGGGCUGUUAGGAGAGCGAUUCGCCAAGAUCAACAGACUCUGGACAGACUUGUUUGAGCAGUCUUUCCAAACCUACUAUAGCACCAUCCACCGAUAUGAGACGAACCGACUGCGCAACAUUGCGAGAUUCUUUGGUCAUUUGUUCGGUUCGGACGCCAUUGGCUGGCAUGCCAUGUCCGCCAUCCACUUGAAUGAGGACGAGACAACCUCGGCCUCUCGUAUCUUCAUCAAGAUCAUGUUUCAGGAGAUCUCCGAGGAACUGGGCAUGCCAAAGCUUCAGACACGCAUGAGGGACGAAACGCUACGACCAAGUUUUGAGGGCCUCUUCCCUCGAGACAACGCCCGCAACGUGCGUUUCUCGAUCAACUACUUCACGAGUAUUGGCAUGGGAGCCUUAACGGAGGAGAUGAGAGAAUAUUUGGCGAAUAUACCCAAGCCAGCUCUUCCCGCUCCAGCGGCUGCCGACGAGUCAGACUCGGACUCUGUCCAGGACUCCACCGCGGAAAACUUUGGACAGGGGCCGAUCACUAUCACGUACGCCACCGAGACGAGGAAGACCAAGAUCUCCUCCAGCACGAACACGCCGCCGGGGGUCGAGCUAUUCUCGCUCGCCGCGAUCACCUCUGAAGCGCGGUCGUCUGCCUACGAGAUCGGUGUCACCACCCCCGAAGCGCGGUCGCCUGCCAACCAGAUCAGCAUCACCACCCCGGCGGCGCAGGAACUCGAGCUCGAUCAGCAGCGCACCACGGAAGCGGGCCAGGUAUAG